UAAGGACAAGCAUGCAGGGCCUCUCCUUCCAUCCAACCAUCACACACAGUUAGCAUAUCAGUAGUCGUUCACAGUUAGCAUAUCAGUGCAUCAUAAACUUGACCUUGGCUCGAUCGUACAAUCCAUCACAACUAAAGAUAGUGGAAAUGGGGCACCACCACAAGAACGACGACAAGGCCGCGGCGGCGGCCGGCGGCGACCACCGCAAGGAGGAGAAGCACCACAAGCACAUGGAGCAGCUUGCCAAGCUCGGCGCCGUCGCCGCCGGAGCAUACGCCAUGCACGAGAAGCACAAGGCGAAGAAGGAACCGGAGAAUGCGCGGUCGCACAGGGUGAAGGAGGAGAUCGCCGCCACCAUCGCCGCCGGCAGCGUCGGCCUCGCCAUCCACGAGCAUCACAAGAAGAAGGAAGCUAAGAAGCAUGGCCAUCACCAUUAGCUACCUACCCUAUCACUACUUACUGGACUAGUGUGUCUAUUUAUUUGAUUAUUACCAUGCAUGUACUCUUAGCUAGCAUAUCGGCUGUAUUUUUGUCGACGGAUACAUGUACAUCAUCUAUCUAUUUUUCUUAAUAAUAAUGUGAUUGAUUGUGUUACAGUUAA